GAUACAAACAGCCUCUCUCAGGCUCUUCCUUUCUUCUCUUCGCCGCCUCGAAUCCGUUUGGGGAUUUUGAUUUUUGAGGGUUUGGGUUUCUGGUUCCGUCGGUUCGAUUGAAUCAAUGGAUCAGGAUUUGGAUCGUGUGAAAGGUCCGUGGAGUCCUGAGGAGGAUGAGCAGCUGCGGAAGCUGGUGCAACGGUACGGUGCGAGGAAUUGGUCGAUGAUUUCGAAGUCGGUUCCUGGUCGGUCCGGGAAAUCGUGCCGUCUCCGCUGGUGCAAUCAGCUCUCGCCUGAGGUGGAGCACCGGCCGUUCACUCUCGAAGAGGAUGAGAUCAUCGUGAAGGCCCACGCCAAGUACGGCAACAAGUGGGCGACAAUAGCCAGGCUCCUCAACGGUCGUACGGACAAUUCCGUCAAGAACCACUGGAACUCCACUCUGAAGCGGAGGCUUGCUGCGGAGGACGGAGAUUCCCUCCAGGAAAUGGAGAAAAGACCGGUUAAAUUUGCAAGAUCCGGGAGCAGUAAUUACCCGGGAAGUCCUUCGGUCUCUGGUUCUGACGUGACCGAUACGGGACUCCCUGUAAGCGAGGCACAAUUCGUUAGCCUUUCGACUGAGCUCACCCUGGGCCGUUCUUGGACCGAGCUGAACGAGUUGCAGAACAAUGACUUGGCUCGCGGCAAGGGGAUGUUCGCGCCCCCGACGCCGCCACCACCCCCGCCACCGCCGCCUCCGCAGCAGCAGGAGCAGGAGGGUGGUGGUGGUGUUGCAUCAACAGCAGCGUCGAUUGGACCUGAAUUUUUAGCCUUGUUGCAGGAGAUGAUAAGGACGGAAGUGAGGAAUUACAUGGAGGGGGUAUAAGGAUUGCUGUUAACCUAGAAUCAGUGCUGGAAAAAUGAUGGAUCAAGUGGGGAGAAAUAUGGGAGUUAGCGAAACCUGGAUUUGUUUUGUUUUGUUUUGUUAUGUUUUUUUAGUUUCAGUUCAGUUCAGGACACAGAUUUACAACAAAAAGUCCAGGAAAAAGGAACAAAAAGGAAAAUCCUUUGCCCUUGUUAAAAGAAAAAAAGAGGGGGGUAAUUUUGCGAAUGAGGACUUUAGAAUUUUCAGAAAUUAGAUUGGAGAAUCAGCAAUGUAAGAAAGGCAAUGUUAAAUCAGUGGAAAGUAGAUGAAUUUAUGUUGGACA